ACGAUCCUCCUCUUCCAAUGACGAACUGAAAGUCUUUCGGAAACGUAAGAAGAAAGAUACUCUCCUUGUCUUACAGUUUAAGAUGGCGGCUGCUGCCGCCUCCGUCGCUAACGUUGCAGCACAGUUCCAGGUACCAGAUGGAAGGAGAACCACAAAAACGAACGUAGUGCCACCAGUGAUACGUAAUUCAACUAUCUACUAAUAUGGCGAACCGCACGGUAAAAGACGCGAAGUCGAUUCGUGGUACUAAUCCACAGUAUUUAGUGGAGAAAAUAAUAAGAUCUCGAGUUUACGAUUCGAAAUAUUGGAAAGAAGAAUGUUUUGCGUUAACCGCGGAGUUACUUGUCGACAAAGCCAUGGAAUUGAAAUACAUAGGUGGAGUUUACGGUGGCAAUGUAAAACCGACGCCAUUUCUAUGUUUAAUAUUAAAAAUGUUACAAAUACAGCCAGAAAAAGAUAUCAUAGUAGAGUUUAUAAAGAACGAAGAAUUCAAAUACGUCAGAGCUUUGGGUGCGCUUUAUAUGCGAUUGACAGGUUCAUCAUUGGAUUGUUACAAAUAUUUAGAACCUUUGUUCAAUGAUAAUAGAAAACUUAGAAAACAAAAUAAGCAAGGUUUUUUCGAAUUGAUUCAUAUGGAUGAGUUUAUAGAUGAACUUCUACGCGAAGAAAGAUGCUGUGAUGUUAUUUUGCCAAGAAUUCAAAAGCGUCAUGUUUUAGAAGAAAAUAAUGAAUUAGAUGCAAAAAUAUCAGCGUUGGAAGAUGACAUGGACGAAGGAAUUGAAACGUCAGAGGACGAAGAUAUACCUCCUGUCAAAGAAGAAGUUCGCAAAAGAACAGAAGAUCAUGAUAGGGAUAGAGAUCGUCACAGAGACAGAGACAAGAGACAUUCUCGUUCGGAUAAAAAGUCGGAUAGAGAAAAGCAAAGAUCACGAAGCAGAGAAAGAGAAAGAGAUAGGAGAGAACGUAAACGAAGUAAAUCACCCAAAACUCAUUCCUCUUCGCAUAAAGAUAAAGAUAGAGAUAAAGAUAGACAUAGAAGAGAUGAUAGAGAUAGGGAUAGAGAUCGAGACAGAGAAAGAGACAGGGAUAGAAGAAGAGAUCGUGAAAGAGCUAGGCAUUGAGUUGGCAUUAUGCGUACAUGUAAAAUUUCCAUUAACAUUAUUUUUAAAACAGGAUUAAAUAAGUUCCAUUUUUACAGCUGUUAUAUUUUCACUAUAUUUUCCAGUCAGACCAAUAACAGUACUUGCGAACAUCAAUCUUAAUGGUAUUAAAGUUCGUCAAUAGAAAUGCUACACAGUAGCUUACUUUUACAUAUUUCCAGAUAACGAUCAUCCCCAAAUACACUAUAUAACUUUUGUAUAUAAUAAUAUGUACAAAUCGUGUUUAAGAGAAGAAAAAAAGAAAAAUAAAUUCCACAUUGCAUUUAA